AGAAGCAGACGACAUUGUAUUUGCAUGUUUUUUUUGGCAACCCCCCAAAAACCAAAAAACUGUGUGAUUUUGUGACACAGUUUCGACUUAUUUAGAUGUUUUGUAUUCAAUCAAAGCUACUUUUCUGAGGAGAGGAAAUGCUAGAUCAGAACAGCCAAGCUGAGGAGUGGAUUGAAGAGGAGGAACUUGUUGUUGUGGAACUGUCGGGGAUAAUCGACUCGGACUAUCUAGCAAAAUGUCGGAAGUCCAAUUUAAAAGUUCUGGGUGUCGAGACGAACGAUCCGGUCUUGCAACUUGGAAGUUAUGUCUUCACCGGACAACACAAGAGCAUGCUGGGAACAGCCGUUAUAUUCGAGAAGACAUCGGAAAAUGAAGGUCAAGAAACAGCGCCCUCAACCGGCAAACAGUGGAAAUACAAAUGUCACACAGAGAAGAGAAUCUCAAUGCAAAGGGCUCUUGUGAAAUCCAAACACAAAGUUAAUGAACCAACAAAGUCUUCAGACAACUCGGAAGACAUGCGGCCAAUAGAGACACCCCAAGCCCCAACAUGAUGACAGCUUUAAUUUAAUUGGUCAACACAAACUCUCAGGACCUGUUUCAGCCAAUCUGAAGCUGGCUAUCAUACAAGAAAUCUCAAAAUGUUGGGAGCUUGAAUUUCGUUGGAUCCCAGUAAUCCACAGGUGUUCCAUUGAACAACUUUGCAGAACAGCUGAAACAUUUCAUGAACAGUAUUGUCAAAGUCUGUCCCGAGCCAAUAUGACUGAUCAGGCGGGUGUGUGCAUCUAGUUUCAUUGGUAUUAAUCAACUGAGAAUAUAAACCAGUACACUUAUCGUUAAAGAGACCGGGCACCUUUGAUAAUUGCUAAAGACCAGUAUUCUAACUUAGUUUAUCUCAACAUAUGCAUAAAAUAACAAACCUGUGAAGUUGGAUUCAAUU